AUGUCAAAGGGUCGUGGUCAGAAAACCAUGAAGGCAUACAUAUGCUUGUUUGUAUGCAUGGCAACACGAGCCAUACAUCUAGAAGCUGUUACGGACUUAACAGCCCAAGGAUUCAUGAAUGCAUACCGUCGUUUCGUGGCGAGGCGAGGACAUUGCGCUCAUCUAUGGAGCGACAACGGGACCAAUUUUGUCGGCAGUGCUAAAGAGUUGAAGGUGCUGUUCGAAGAGGGCAAGGCUAACAUGAGUACGCAAGUCGCUGAACUACUGGCUAAUGAUGGCACAACUUGGCAUUUCAUACCACCGAGAAUGCCAAACUACGGAGGACUCUGGGAGGCCGGAGUCCAGUCAGCGAAAAGACAUCUUACCAGAGUGAAUGGUGAUACAAAGUUGACCUACGAAGAGAUGGCAACUUUACUGGCACAGAUAGAGGCAUGUCUGAAUUCGCGUCCUCUGUGUCAGCUGGACAAUACACUAGAUACCCUGACACCCCUCACACCUGGACAUUUUCUUAUUGGAGAGCCCCUGAUGAUCACUGUCCCAGAUAUGAACUAUGAAGACAAGAAUGUCAACCUAUUGACCAGAUGGCAAUUAAUUCAAAGAAUGACUCAAGAUUUCUGGCGUCGAUGGCAAAAUGAAUAUUUAAACACAUUGCAGCAAAGAUACAAAUGGCAAGAGAGAGUACCGGCGCCUAGAAUCGGAGAUAUUGUGGUUAUAAAACAAGAUGAUUUACCACCUACAAAAUGGCUUCUAGGAUUCAUAAAAAAUGUCCACCCCGGAGCAGACAAUCUAGUUCGAGUUGUAACUGUACAAUGCAAGGGACAAACAGAAGUGAAGAGGCCCUUAUCUAAAUUAAUAUUGUUACCUAAUUCAGAAAACUGUUAG